AUCUCCCAGAAUUCCGCUCUCUGGGUCUCACGCGCGCUGAAGCGCCUGCGCAUGCGCGAGACAGGUGACGGCCUGCCUUCCCAGGCCCCACAACCCCCGAGAUUCGGCGCGCCUGCCUCCCGCCCGCCUGCUGAGAUCGCCCCUUCCAGGCCCUCGGUCUGUCCGCUGGGGGCGCGCGCAGUGCCUGGCAGGCGGCCUCAGCGCCGGCAGCUGGGAGCGCGGGUCGCGUGGCGGUGCGUGGUUGCUAGGGGCGUCUCAGGCCGCCCGCUUGCCCUGCAGGCCGAGGGAGGAAGCAGCGCGGAGCCGGCGCCGAGCCGGGGCGAAGCUGGGUCCGCUAGAUGAGGUCAGUGUGUUGGCUCCUUAAAGUAAGUUCCUCACAAGCUGUCGAUUGGAGGGUCAACUGAUGGUGGAUCCUUUAGGCUUAGUCAGAGAGAGCUGACGGACUUCGAGAAUGCAGCCUCCGCGGCUACCGGAGGUGCGUGGCACCUGUUCCGAGUUGGGCCACGAGGCCACGCGGCCAUGAUGGGGGCCCCUCAUGGCCUCCGCAGGAACAGAGCACUACAGUAUUGGCCUCCGCCAGGGAACCAGCUUCAAGCAGAGCGGCCCCUCCGGCUCGGUGCCCGCGCGGCCGCCGGAGAAGCCCUCUGAGGGCAGAGGCUGCGCGCAGGCCCAUCAGCAGGUGAAGCCAAUCUGGAAGCUGGAGCGGAAGCACGUGGGGACACUGUCAGCAGGGUUGGGCCCCGGCCUCUUGGGUGUCCCAACCCAGCCAGCGUAUUUCUUUUGCCCCGGUGCUUUGUGUAGCUCAGGGCGCUCGGCUGUCAUCGCGGGCCGCAGCGGCUCCCGUUCCCUGCACACCCUCCCAGACCUGUUCAGCGGCACUCUGCUGGACCGCCGCGCCGGCUACGGGCACAGACCCUACCAGCAGCUGGAGUCCUUCUGCUUGCGCUCCAGCCUGCCGGAAAAGAGACCUCUCUCUCUCCCUCCAAAGAGCCUCCCUGUCAGACUCACUGCCAGUAAGGCCCCUUCUUUCACGGUCUCCCCCAUGGCCCAGCCCAUGGCGUCCUCCACAGAUCCGUACCUCUCACUGGGCGCGGCUGGGGAAAACCCUUCGGGGAAGAGCCUGGCCUCUGCCAUCUCAGGGAAGAUCCCGUCUCCGCUCGCCUCCCCCCACUCCUCCUACAAGCCCAUGCUGAAUAACAACUCCUUCCUGCGGCCAAAUAGCACUAAAGUGCCUUUAUCGCAGGCCCCAGAGGGCCUGAAUACAGUACCCUCACCCAAGGCCCAUCUCGUCCCCUGGCAUCAUUCAGGGGGCACCGGAGACUGUGCACUCCAGCCCGUGGAGCACAAGGUGCCCCAGAGCAACGGCACUGUCCCAGGUGACGCCCCGGCCCCUAGCACCCUGUCCGCACCUCGCUCCUUCGACACUCUGACCACCAGUGUUGCCUCUUCCCAGUACAACCGCAGUAACUUAGCCGCAAGAGCAGAGCCACAUCCUUGUGGCCUGGAUGGCGACUUGGUUCCUCAGGCUCUGACUAAGGAGGUUCGGUUCACCGAGGCCGUGAGGAAGUUGACUGCAAGAGGCUUUGAGAAGAAGCCAAGGCAAGGCUGCCAGUUUGAACAGUCUUGUUUCCUGAGCCCCGGCUUGCAGUGUGAUCUCAACAGGACCCGGCAGUGGAGACCUCCCGUGGUAGGCCAGCAAUUCCCGCAGGAGGAUGCUGGAGCAAACAGUAGGAUCCCCCCUAGCGCCUCGGACACCUUGGAGUUGGACAGUACAGUCUUCUGUACCAAACGCAUCAGCAUUCACCUCCUUGCCUCCCAUGCCAGUGCGCUCAGCCACAGCCCUGCCUGUGGAUCUGCGAUGGACUCCCUACCACUUGGAGAAGACAAAACUCCCGUUCUGCCUUCUCCUCCUCAGCUGCUUGGUGUAGCUGAUGUGGCCACCCGCCUUUCUUCCAUCCAUCUGGGCCAGCUUGGGAAGGAGGGGCCUAAGGAAGCCAGGGGACUGGACUGCCCUGUUAGGGAUAUCGGUUCACCUGCAGACCCCCAGCUAGACCUGGGUGAGGCUGAAGAUCUAGAAGAAGAGCUAGUAGAUGGUUUGGAGGACUGCUGCAGCCAUGAUGAGAACGAAGAGGAAGAGGGAGACUCAGAGUGUUCCUCAUUCAGUGCUGUCUCCACCAGCGAGUCAGUAGCAGUGAUCUCUCGGAGCUGUGCGGAGAUUCUGACCAAACCCCUCUCCACUGAGAAAAUUGUCCGGCCAGCCCUCAUCUACAGCCUCUUUCCCAACGUGCCCCCUACCAUCUAUUUUGGCACCCGGGAUGAGAGAGUGGAGAAACUUCCCUGGGAGCAGAGGAAGCUGCUCCGGUGGAAGAUGAGCACAGUGACCCCCAACAUUGUCAAGCAGACCAUUGGACGGUCCCACUUCAAAAUCAGCAAGAGAAAUGAUGACUGGCUGGGCUGCUGGGGUCACCACAUGAAGUCUCCUAGUUUCCGAUCCAUUCGGGAGCAUCAGAAGCUAAACCACUUCCCAGGUUCCUUCCAGAUUGGGCGAAAGGACCGACUAUGGCGGAACCUGUCUCGCAUGCAGAGCCGCUUUGGCAAGAAGGAGUUCAGCUUCUUCCCCCAGUCCUUCAUCCUGCCCCAGGACGCCAAGCUCCUGCGCAAAGCCUGGGACAGCAGCAGCCGGCAGAAGUGGAUUGUUAAACCACCAGCGUCAGCCCGAGGCAUUGGCAUCCAGGUCAUUCACAAGUGGAGUCAGCUCCCCAAGCGAAGGCCCCUCCUGGUACAGAGGUAUCUACACAAACCCUACCUCAUCAGCGGCAGCAAGUUCGAUCUGCGAAUCUAUGUUUACGUCACCUCCUACGAUCCUCUGCGGAUUUACCUCUUUUCAGAUGGACUCGUCCGCUUUGCCAGUUGCAAGUAUUCCCCUUCCAUGAAGAGCCUUGGCAACAAGUUCAUGCACCUGACCAACUACAGUGUCAAUAAAAAGAAUGCCGAGUACCAGGCCAAUGCCGAUGAAACGGCCUGCCAGGGCCACAAAUGGGCACUGAAGGCUUUAUGGAACUACCUGAGCCAGAAGGGAGUCAAUAGUGAUGCCAUCUGGGAGAAGAUAAAGGAUGUUGUUGUCAAAACCAUCAUCUCGUCCGAACCCUAUGUGACCAGCCUGCUGAAGAUGUACGUGCGGCGGCCGUACAGCUGCCACGAGCUCUUCGGUUUUGACAUCAUGCUGGAUGAGAACCUCAAGCCCUGGGUCCUGGAGGUCAACAUCUCCCCGAGCCUCCACUCCAACUCUCCACUGGACAUCAGCAUCAAAGGCCAGAUGAUCCGGGACCUUCUGAACCUGGCAGGCUUUGUUCUGCCCAACGCAGAGGAUGUCGUGUCCAGCUCCAGCAGCUCCGGCAGCUCCAGCGCCAGCCUGCCCAGCUCCCCCAGGGAUAAAUGUCGAACGGCCCCAGAGCAUUUCACUGCACAGAAGAUGAAGAAAGCCUAUUAUCUGACCCAGAAAAUUCCUGAUCAGGACUUCUAUGCAUCUGUGCUGGAUGUCCUGACGCCAGAUGACGUUCGGAUUCUGGUUGAGAUGGAGGAUGAGUUUUCUCGCCGUGGUCAAUUUGAACGAAUUUUUCCUUCCCGAAUCUCCUCUCGCUAUCUCCGCUUUUUUGAGCAGCCACGAUAUUUCAACAUUCUCACCACCCAAUGGGAACAGAAGUACCAUGGCAACAAGCUCAAAGGAGUAGAUCUGCUUCGGAGUUGGUGCUACAAAGGGUUCCACACAGGAGCCAUCUCUGAUUCUGCUCCAGUGUGGUCUCUCCCGACAUCACUUCUGACCGUCCCAAAGGGGGAUGUGGCCCUCAGUGCUCUCUCCAAAUCAGAGACUGGCAAGCUGGGAAAACACAGCUUCUCCGAGGGAAGCAUACCACUCUCUGAAGACGGGACCAUCCCGAAGCCCAAGAAGACCCAAGCUGGCCUUUCUCCUGUCCCCGAGAAACCCAGUUCUUCCAGGGACAGUGAGGACACCAGCAAAGAGCCCAGCGUCUCCACCCAGAUGUUACCUCUGAUGAAGUACUCUGGGCAGACUUCGAGACUGUCUGCUUCCCCCACCUCCCAGUCAACCGGUGACUCACUCCUGGCUGCUGUGAGCCCAUGACUGGCCUCCCUCCACUCGCCCCUGCCUAGGAGCACCAGUGUUAGCUACCUCAUGGGAACUGGCCGGCCGGCUGGCUGGCCAGCCAGCCUGAGCCCCAGCCCCUUCCUCAAAGUUUUUUUUUUUUUUUUUUGAAGUGGUUGAAUUGCAGAGAUGGGUAUCUGGAGGGGUGGUGGGAAUGUGGGAAUGGGGAGAAGGUGAGGAAGGUUCACUGGCUGGUACCUUAUAUCUUCACAGAGAAGCCACUGAUGGCCACUCAGCCUUAUAAAGCAGGGUUUGGUUUCUAACUUCAGAGAGCUGUGUGUGGUUUGUUUUCGACCUUGGUACGGUGAUGAAGUCACAGCUCUAGAGGAGAAACCGCGCUGAACACAUUUGGGCCUGAAGUCCUUUGCCUGUAAUUGAGGAGGUCCCUCCAAAGGUCCUUAUCUCCUCAGAUCUCACCCUCAGUCCCGGCACCCCACACCCUGUCCUGAGGACACUUUGAGAAACCUUCAGUCUUCCUCAGUAGACAGGCAGGGAGAGGCCAUACACGAUAAACCCACUUCCUGUCAUCCUAGUCUUAGGGGCUUCGCUUCCUUCAUAUACCCAGCAGCCAGCAGUCCUGAGCCUUCGUAUUCUGACCUCACAUCACCACCUGUCCAACCUUCUGGACUUCUCUCUCUCUCAUGGAUGUUAGUUCUUAGCGCUCUGUGAGGUGAGAGGUCUUGUGAGCUUUGCAAAUUUCCUGUGGCCCCAGGGAAGGAGCCCAGAUAAUCAGUUGCUGUUGUCUAUGUCCAUCCAUCGAAGGACACAAUCCAGGGCAGGAGCUGUGAUUUCAUGUCCCCACAACACAGAGGGAGUCUCGGCUUCUGCUUACUCCCUUCACGGUCUCUGGUUAGCAGGGUCUGGCUCCCAGGUCACGGGGGCAAGCGGAGUCUGGUGGCGUGGCAGGUGGGUUUCAGGAGCAGUCACCCCUGUAGGAUGGCCUUCUAGCCGGACCGCUGACGAAACUCUCAUAGUCUUAACUGAAUCUGCCUCCCUCCCCAAGACCCAGUAAGAUGGCGAGUGUGGGAUGUUGCCUGAGUGAACAGUGCCUACGAAGAACACGAGCUCCCGAACCGGGCGUUCUGCUUCUCUCCUGGGGCAGAAUGGCGUCAGGGGAAGCGCACGGUGUGAUAGUGCGGAUCAGAAAGGUGCUUUUCCCUCGAACUGUGCUCCUCCUCCAGCCAGCACUUCCUGGGAGCUGCUCGCCCCCUCCCCAGCCCUGUAGUCUCUGGUUUUCUAGCAGCAGCGCCCAGCGCGCAGCCCCCUGGCCCCAGGCCCUCUGCCUGCGUUCUCCGAGUUUUGGAAAGAUCAUCACCCUGCUUCAGAGCUCCUGGAGUUCUAAGUGGCGAGUUGGGAUGGAGCAAUAGAAAAGUCACUGAGAGGCCUGCCUGGGUUCAAGGCCACCCAGUAGAUGGCUGCGCUGGCCAUUCGUUAGGCCAUGUUGACAAUUGUGAAGAAAGUUUGGUGGAAAAGUCCUCAGCAGCAAGGACGUCAAAGUCAGGCCCAGCGGAGAGGCCCUGGCAGUCUGGUUAAAUCCCUGAUAGAAUUGAAGCCAGCUCCCCCCGUCCCACCUGCAUGCAGGACCCUAGUGCCGGGUCGAAAGAACCUUGUGACGGGGGCAGGACCCGGCCUUCGCCUUCCUAACAGAGCUGGCCACCUGCUUCAGUACUUUUGGGGUGGCUGGUCUGGGGCGAGGGCUCUGGUCCGGAGGCCCGGCCGUGCUGGUUUGCUCCUUGGAAAGCAACUUGAAGUCUUCGGCCCGCCCUCUGAGUGUCCCCAGAUGGCAUCCCCCCCCGUAAUGAGAAGGGGGAGGGGACCGGCGUUGUGGCAGCGUGGGAAUGGGGGUUGGGAGAAGGACUUAGUUAAGCAAGUAAUGAAAAUAAGUGUCCUUAGUAGUUUAAAGCAUCUUUGUGAGGACACUAUUUUUAAUUUCCAUCCCAUCACAGCAUCUGAAGGUGUGGGUGUUUUGCCGGAUGGGAGAAAGGAAUGGGGCUUAUAGUUCCCCUUCACCCUUGAGAGAAAAUUGAAUCUUGCUUGAGCAUUCAGCAUACAUGUUUAGCAAUGAAUACCCACGGUAUAAGGUAUUCAGCUAAAUAAGGACUUUGGGGGAAGUAAUGAAAUUUUUGAAAAGUUUUAACUUUGGAGCUAUAGUAGGGUAAAUGUCAGAACGUGUCCACUGUUCUUCUAAAUUGAUGACUUACACCCAGUCCCUGUUUGGAGACCAGGGUGAAACACAGGGUGUUUCUGGAUCAAUGGAGUAGGGAUCUGGGGUGGGGGCAUGGAGGGUGGUCACUAUUCCUGUUCACUUCGGAUUCACUCAGGAUUGAUCAGAAACUAAUUUAGAAUGCAUACUGAUGAAGAGGUGGUGUUGUGAUAGGAAGAGCACAUGGACCAUGUAGUCUGACCUUGGAUUCUAAUCUCGAUUCUGCUGUGUGACCUUGGGCAUAUCAUCUAACUUUUUAAAGUCCAGUGUUUUGUUUUAAGGUUUUAUUUAUUUAUUUGAGCACACACACAUGAACAAGGGGCAGGAAGGAGAGGGAGAGAAUCUCAAGCAGACUCCGCACUGAGCGUGGAGCCUGAUGCGGGGCUCAAUCCCACCACCCCGAGAUCACUGCCCGAACUGAAACCAAGAGUUGGACGCCCAAGCGACUGAGCUACCCAGGCACCCCUAAAGUCACGUGUUUUAAAUAACACGAAAAUAAUACCUACAUUGCAGGGCUGUGAAAAUUAAGCAAGACAUAGUAAAAGUACUUAGGACAUAAAGGGAACUUAAUACAUAACACGGUCACUCCUUUCUCCAUUUGCUGUCCAAGCCCUGUUCCUUGGCUAGGGGAAGGCAGGCAAGAAACGUAAAGCCCUUUCCACAGGGGAAGUGAAGCAGCUGAGACGUUUUAGAGGUGAGGAAGGCCAGAACAGGCUUUAUAUACCUCAUCACCCCCACACAAACACUACCAGCAUUAUUCAUUCUACUGUUUUACUCUUCAUUGAGGGUUUCUUCAGUUAAUAUUUUACAGAAUAUUUGGGGCGCCUGGGUGGCUCCGUUGGUUAAAUGUCUGCCUUUGGCUCAGGUCAUGAUCCCAGGGUCCUGGGAUCGAGCCCCGCAUCGGGCUCCCUGCUCAGUGGGAAGCCUGCUUCUCUCUCUCUCCCUCUGCCUGCCGCUCCCCCUGCUUGUGCUCUCUCUCUCCAUCAAAUAAAUAAAAUAUUUUACAGAAUAUAAAUUCCCUGGGACAGGAAACACAUUAAGCAUUGCAAGUAUGUGAAUUGAAUGAAAUUAUUCAGCCCUAUCCCAAGAGAAACGUUGAUAGAAAAGGGAGAGCAGGGGAGCACUGGGGACCUGGUGGCUUGAAGGGGGAGGAGCAGGGUCCAGAAAGCAGGAGACCUUGAACUGGAGCUGGAGCCAAGAACAUGCACAGACCCAACAGCUGUGCCAAGGACAGUUGUUACAGGUGCAUUCUUAAGCUCUUAGGCUAUUCGUUGAGGGCGACUAUCCCUCUCACCAUGGCUGAACGACACACCGGGCUGCCCCCUGAGUCCAUCCAGCCCUGGGCCAGUGAAGAAGGUGGAUAACCCAGCACAUGGUAGGUAAUUCCACGUCCUGUCAGCUGAAUUAGUUAAAUAAGGGGGGGCACCAAAGGCAGCUGGGGGACCUCCCCUUCUCGUUUCCUCUGGAUUUGUCCUUUAAGACCUAAGAUUAAGCUGUGUACUUACUGGUUGAAUCCCCCAACUGCUUUGAGACUUUUCAGAGAUGUGUAGCUGAGGGACCUCUAUCUCAUGCCACUUGUGAUUCUGAUCCAGCCUCUCAAACCUUCUUGGCCUUUGGACCCCGCCCCCCACCCCCAGCAGAGUUUUCAUCCUCGUUAAUGUCCAGGGAUCAAUAGAUGCUCUUUUGACGUGACCUUUCAUCAGCUUCGGAGCAAUGAAAGCUGCAAGCAAUCAUAUGUUGCUCUUGGCAGAUUUCUUACAUAGAUGAAAGCACACGAGAAGGAUCAAUAGUUGUUUUCUAAAACCCGUUUGUGCCUUUAUUAUAAUGGACUUGGACACAGAAUGCGAGGGACUGUCACUGGAAAAGCUAACACAAUUUGAAAAGCUCUUUUCUCUCCACGCUUCAAUUAGUGAAGUGGGGAGACCAAACCAUACUUCAUUGGCUAGUUAUGAGGGUUAAAUGGGGAGGGGGGGAGGAUGUAUGGAAAAAAUUAGGCAAAGUGUCUGAUAACAUACAGUUCAGAUUUAAAAUAGAUUCUAGGGUUUCCUGGCUGGCUCAGUCAGAUGAGCAUGUGACUUUUGAUCUCCAGAUUGUGAAUUAAAACCCCAUGUUGGGUGUAGAGAUUACUUAAAUAAAACUUUAAAAAAGUGGGGGGCGCCUGGGUGGCUCAGUCCUUAAGCGUCUGCCUUCCGCUCAGGUCAUGAUCCCGGGGUCCCGGGAUCGAGUCCCACAUCGGGCUCCCUGCUCAGCGGGAAGCCUGCUUCUCUCUCUCCCUCUGUCUACCAUUCUGCCUACUUGUGCUCUCUCUCUGUGUGUGUCAAAUAAAUAAAUAAAAUCUUAAAAAAAAAAAAAACUAUAAUGAUGCAGGUUCAGAGAUUUGGUGUAUGUUCUUCAAUGAGCCAAUGGGGGAAGCUACCAUCUACGAAUAUGACUGAACCUCUAAGAAUGUUGAGGCCAAAUGAUAGGGCAGCGUGGCUGGGCCUCCACCUGUUCUCCCAGGUGUCUGCUGCAGGUGCACCCUGGGCGGCGUCCCGAGCAGAGAGCCGCUCCUCCAGAGACACGGGUGUGGCUGGAAAGGGAGCCUCGUCCUCGCAUGCCAUGCAAGGCACAUUCAAGGAGAACCUGGUGUUGAACUGUUUGUAGAGAACCUGUUUCUGGGUCUGGGGUGCUAUGUAGCUGAGCAAUUCCCUCAUCGGGAUCUAUUGCAAGUCAGCCCUUGACAGAGGGGGUGGGGGUGAGAAAAGGGCAAAACAAAAGAAAACCAAAGUACAAGAAAAACUACAAGGAGACACCACUUACGUAGUAG